AAUAAACUGGACGCGAGAGACUCCCGCAAGCCUGGGGUCUCUGCACUGACAACCAUGGCCACACCCACUCGUCCUGCUCCCUCGCCGGCCGCUCUCUUUACAUCCCCGGUCGCUCUCCUUAUAUACCCGGCCACUUUGCUAUUGGGAACCUUAUUCUCAGUGAUAUCACCAGUGGCCCGCGCUACAAGAGAUCCUUCCUCACGUCUGCCGCAAUCGUCCGCACCUCUAGCACCUUCCCUCGCCGCUGACCUUCACCUCUCCGAGAAUCCGGUCAACUACUUCGCCCGCAAGAACAAUAUUUUCAAUAUCUACUUCGUGAAGAUUGGAUGGCUAUGGACGACCGUUGCCUUUGCCUCGCUACUUCUCUUCCAACCCGCGUACCGUGCCUCGUCCUCGCUCUCCCAGGCGCAACAACAGACUCGAGUCCGACGAGCUCUCCAGGCCUUCCUACGUUAUUCAAUUGCGACAACGAUAUGGUACUUGAUGACACUAUGGUUCUUCGGUCCAUCUAUUUUUGAUCGCGUCUUUGUUGUUACGGGCGGGAAGUGCGAGGAGGUGAUGGAACGUGCAGGAAAGAUGGACUUGGGUGGGAGCCGCUCGGCUCAGGUAAAGACCCUUUUCUCUGCUGCAGCCUGCAAAGCCGCUGGCGGGGCCUGGAACGGUGGCUACGACAUCAGUGGCCAUGUAUUUAUGCUGGUGCUGGCUACGGCAUUCCUGGCCCAUGAGGCCGUCGGUGCUGGAGCAUUCUCUUCGUCUUCAGCAUCGACACGGGCCGAUGGGGAAAGUGUGCGUGAACGCAAGGCCAGUGACCCAGUUGUGUCUGGGACCAUUGAUCACGAUGUCGACACCGGGCUGGCGAGGAAAUGGUCACUUCGCUUAGUCUGGGCUGUUGUUGGACUAGGCUGGUGGAUGCUUUUCAUGACUGCCAUCUGGUUUCAUACUUGGCUAGAAAAGUGGUCCGGGUUAACCAUCGCCCUGAGCUCUUUGUACGUCCUCUACAUACUCCCAAGAACAUUCACGCCGUGGAGGGAUAUUGUGGGAAUUCCGGGGCUAUAG